AUGGAAGACCUUAAUAACAGUAACUCAAACAGGAAUUCGGAGCUCAUUCGGCAAGGUAUUAUUCAAUGUCUCACCCUAGAAGCAGAGUGCAAGGCCCUAAAAGAGAGUCUUGUAGAAAGCCAAGACUAUUCUCAGCGGCUGGAAGGUGAGAAUGAAGAAUUGAGAUUCCGCAUUUUAGAAAUGAUGGAGGAUCAAGCUGAAAUGAGAGCGGAGCAAGAGGGACUGAUGAAGAUACUGGGGGAGAAGGACUCUCUUAUCGAGAGCUACAGUGCCUUGGUGUCAACGACAUUGGACAGAACCGUGCAUCGAGAGCGACAGGACAUGAGAGAUAUUGAGGCCAAGGCGCUCUCGACCCUGGAGCAAGAUCUCAAUGUUGAAAUGAGCAAGAUGGCUAUUGAGCACGCGGGGUCAAGUGACUCUGAAAGAAGCCAGCUUCCAGCCAAAAGACCCGGACUUGUCCGCCAGGGUGCUCUAAGACGUCGACAAGACGGUAGAGAAACAGUUCCGAGACUUUUGAGACAAGACGCGGAAAUGCAUAAGCAUGAGGACGGUCAGAAAUCACCUGAGGGUGAUAGCCUACUGGAAAUAGCACGGGAGGUAACGGUUCAGAAGCUGAGAAUGGCAAACCAGUAG